AUGCACUCGCGUCGACCCGAAACCUUGAAGAUUGACAUCUCCAAGUAUAGGGGAGUCGAAGAGGACUCCCUGUUGAGAUGGUUCGUCGAAUUGGAUGACGCCAUAAGGGCGCGUCGCAUCGACGACGGGGAUAUGCAAGUUGCAUUUGCCCAGUCAAAUCUGGCAGGACGUGCCAAGACUUGGGCACUGGGGCUCAAGUUGCACGACCCAUAUGCGUUUGGGUCGUUGAAAGUCUUCAAGUCGCGGCUCAGACAAACGUUUGAACCGCCUAGAGCUGAGUUCAGAGCUCGAACCGAACUCUUGAAGCUCAAGCAGGGUAAGCGUGAUGUGCACGCUCACGCUCAACAUAUACGACAUCUCACGAGUUGUAUAAGUUCCAAUCCGGUGGAUGAACACACGUUGGUUUCGGUGUUCAUGCAGGGUCUUGCGGAUGGUCCCGUCAAGACUCACCUGUUCCGGCUUGAACUAGAUUCACUAGAACAAGCCAUUUCCAUUGCGGAGCAGGAAGACUUCAGUCUGAGACAGGCUCGCGCCAGCUCGACAUCAUAUCGUCAACCGAGACGAUAUGACAACGGAGGUCCAGAGCCGAUGGAACUCUGUUAUGUAGAGAGCGAGAAGGCUCGCUCUACAGACUACAAGAAGUUGCAGAAAUGCAACAGAUGUCAGAAGACAGGACACUACGCUUACGAGUGUAGUGCCCCUCGUCCAGUGUCUCGCAACACUGGGCGUAGUGACCGUCCACCCAUGAGAAAGGGACAGGGACGCGGGUCCGCUGUUGGUGCAAAGACGCAACAACGGGAUGGACCGUCAAAAAACGGACAGGAUCAGUAG